GCCCCGCCCUCCAUCCCCUGCGGUCACGUGGGCACUCACGUGAGGCGUGGCGCGCAGGGCGGCUUCCGGCAGCGCGGCGGCGGAGGGGCCGCAGGAUGGAGGUGAUCAGGAGCAAUUUUAAGGAUAACCUAACCAAAGUAUAUGAAGCUAUUGAAGAAUCGGACUUCCUGGCCAUUGAUGGGGAGUUUUCAGGGAUCAGCGAUGGGCCUUCUGUUAGCGCAUUGACCAAUGGCUUUGACACUCCAGAAGAAAGGUAUCAGAAACUUAAAAAGCAUUCCAUGGACUUCUUGCUCUUUCAGUUUGGCCUUUGCACUUUUAAGUAUGAUCACACAGAAGAAAAAUAUUUAAUGAAGUCAUUUAAUUUCUAUAUUUUUCCAAAACCCUUUAACAGAAGUUCACCAGAUGUCAAAUUUGUCUGUCAGAGUUCAAGUAUAGAUUUUUUAGCAAACCAAGGAUUUGAUUUUAAUAAAGUUUUUUGCAACGGAAUUCCAUAUUUAAAUCAGGAAGAAGAAAGACAGUUAAGGGAACAAUAUGAUGAAAAACGUUCUCAGGCCAAUGGUGCAGGAUCUCUGUCAUAUGUUUCUCCUAAUGCCACAAAGUGUCCUGUUACAAUUCCUGAAGAUCAGAAAAAAUUCAUUGAGAAAGUAGUGGAACAGAUAGAAGACUUACUAAAGAAUGAAGAAAAUGAAACUUUGGAACUGGAGCCAUGUACAGGAUUUCAAAGGAAACUAAUUUAUCAGACCUUGAGCUGGAAGUAUCCAAAAGGUAUCCAUGUUGAAACUCUGGAGUCAGAUAAGAAGGAGAGAUACAUUGUUAUUAGUAAGGUAAAUGAAGAAGAGAGAAAAAGAAGAGAACAGCAGAAGCAAGCAAAAGAAGAGGAAGAACUGAAUGAUGCAGUAGGGUUUUCCAGAGUCAUUCAUGCCAUUGCUAAUUCUAGCAAGCUUGUUAUUGGCCACAAUAUGCUGCUGGAUGUUAUGCAUACCAUACACCAGUUCUGUUGUCCCCUGCCUGAUGACCUAAGUGAGUUCAAGGAAGUAACAUCAUGUGUAUUUCCUCGGCUAUUGGAUACUAAACUGAUGGCAAGUACACAACCUUUUAAGGAGAUCAUUAAUAAUACAUCCCUUGCAGAACUGGAAAAGCGUUUAAAAGAGGCUCCAUUCAGCCCACCUAAAGUUGAAAGCGCAGAAGGGUUUCCAAGUUACGACACAGCUUCUGAACAGCUACAUGAAGCAGGAUAUGAUGCCUACAUCACUGGACUGUGCUUUAUCUCCAUGGCUAAUUUCUUGGGUUCAUUCCUCAGCCCUCCAAAAAAACAUGUGUCUGCUAGAUCAAAACUCAUUGAACCUUUUUUUAACAAGCUAUUUCUUAUGAGAGUAAUGGACAUACCAUAUCUCAAUUUGGAAGGACCAGACUUGCAGCCAAAACGAGAUCAUGUUCUUCAUGUUACUUUUCCCAAAGAGUGGAAGACUAGUGACCUUUACCAGCUUUUCAGUGCCUUUGGUAACAUUCAGGUUUCAUGGAUAGAUGAUACAUCAGCAUUUGUAUCAUUAAGCCAGCCAGAACAAGUGCAAAUAGCUGUAAACACCAGCAGGUAUGCUGAAAGUUAUAGGAUCCAGACAUAUGCAGAAUAUGUUGAGAAAAAACAUGAAGAAAAACAGGCAAAGAGAAAAUGUACAGAAGAUAGUUGGAAGGAGAUGGAGAGAAAGAGGUUAAAAACUCAGUGCACACCUUAUGUUUCCCAGAGUCGAUACUACUGCGUUAACAGUUUUACAUGUGCCAGUACAGUGGGAAAGAGAAGCAUGAGUCCUAUUCAAGAAGAAACUGGUUCUGAUGAUAUGGAAGAAGAAGGCAAAGAUCCAGAGGAUGACCAGACAGACUCCUGUGCAGAGUCCCUUCCAGAUGUUAAGAAAAGAGCUAAGAAAUUCAAAAAGAUCAAGACAGAACAAGUUCCAGCAGGAAGCCUCACAAGUAGUUCCACUGGCAUUUUUGAAGUCCCUGAAACAUGGUAGGAAACAACUGCCUUAAGGAGUGGAAUUGAUUGAAAUCAGUUGUGAGAAUACACCUUGGAAGCCAUACUUUAUUUAAAUAAAGUGGUGUUAACAAA